GAACACGCUGCCAUGGCCGAGUAUUGGCAGCAGCAGCAACAGCAACAGCAGCAGCCGCCGCAACAGCAGCAGCAGCAGCAGCAGCAGCAGGAACAGCAACAGAUAGCAAAUGGAGCUGGCGAGGCAGCAUGCUCUAGCACAGCUAAUGGCCACAAUAAUAAUAAUUAUGUAAACUUUAAUCAAUUUAUCAGUCAACACAAUUUGGCCAGCUCCUCCUACAAUGUUGGCGGCGGCGGCGGCGCUUUUGGCUUAACGCCCAGCAGCAGCGCCAGCAACAGCUCCAAUUUAUAUACGCCACACUUUUAUGGCAAUCAAAAUGGCGACAGCUAUAAUACAGCUGGAGGAGCUGUUGCAUAUCCUGUUGCGUAUCCAAAUCCCUAUGCAUCCUUUGGCCAUAACCCAUUUGCUGCUUCUGCUACUUCUACGGCUUCUACGGCUGGUUACGAUUUCAGCGCUUCCAAGUUGCAGGCAUCAGCGCCCGAAUUUGUGCCUAAUUUUGCCAAGCUCACUUUAACAGCAGCAGCACCAGUAACAGAAAAUGCCUCUGUUAAAAAUCAGAACAACAACAACAACACUGCCACACAGCCAAAUGGAGGAGCAGCAACUGAGAAUUCAGCACAGCAGCCACAUCGAGCGGAAAACAGGCAAUCGAAGCCUCAAGGCGGCAGCAGCAGCAGCGGCGUCGGUAACAAUAGUCGGCAGCAUCGACGCAACGAUUAUCGUGAGGAGCGCAAUGCGGAGCGUUAUGAGCGUGGCAAGAAGCCACAGAAACAACAACGUUAUGAUAAUCAUCGCAGCAAUAAGCGGCGCGAUGAUUGGAAUCGCAAUCGUGAUCGCAUCAAUGGCUUUCCACGUGCUUCCGAGGAACUGGACACUAGCAAUAGCAAUGACAGUGCACAGACUUCACCUGAGAAGCAACCACAUCAACAAAUUUCGCCAAGACGCGCACCUGAUCUAGAGAAGCUGUCGCAGCGUGAGAAGCUAAUGCGAGACAUUGAACAGCGCCGACUCGAGUGCCUCGUUUGUGUGGAGCUUAUCAAAGCGCAUCAUGGCACGUGGUCCUGCCAGAAUUGUUAUCAUGUGCUGCAUCUGAAGUGCACCAUCACCUGGGCGAGCAGCUCGAAAUCGAACGAGGGCUGGCGCUGUCCCGCCUGCCAAAAUGUGCUGCAAGAACUGCCGCGCGAAUAUCUAUGCUUUUGUGGCAAACUGAAGAAUCCGCCUUUGACGCGCAACGAGCUGGCCCACAGCUGUGGCGAGCUGUGCUGCCGUGUUGAGGGCUGUAGUCAUGCGUGCACAUUGCUCUGUCAUCCGGGUCCGUGUCCGCCUUGUCAGGCGAAUGUGAAUCGCAGCUGUGGCUGCGGACGCACCUCCAAGCUGAUGCAGUGCGCCAUGAAGCAGCCGCUGCAAUGCGAAGCUAUUUGCGAUAAGCUGUUGAACUGCGGCGAACAUCGCUGUCAGCAGCCCUGCCAUGCGGGCAAGUGUGAGGCGUGUGCGGAUCAAGUGCAGCAGAAUUGUCACUGCGGCAAGCAACAGCGGGAGGUACUGUGCACCCGCGAGACUCAGGAUAAGCGCUGCUAUUCGUGCAAGGAGUGCUGUGGCAAGCCUUUGCCAUGCGGCAAUCACAAAUGCAAGGAUUCGUGCCAUGCCGGCGCCUGUCGUCCCUGCAAGCUGAGUCCCACACAAAUCACCAGCUGUCCCUGUGGCAAGUUGCCUGUGCCCGCGUCGCAGCGCAGCAGCUGCCUCGAUCCGGUGCCCACUUGCGAAGGCACGUGCAGCAAAACGUUGCGCUGCGGCAAGCCAGCGCAUCCACAUCAAUGCGCCAGUAAAUGUCACUUGGGUCAAUGCCCACCCUGUCCCAAACAGACGGCUGUGAAAUGUCGUUGCGGUCAUAUGGAUCAGAUGAUCAAGUGCCGGCAGCUAUCGACGCGAGCGGACGAUGCACGCUGCAAGCGACGUUGCACCAAGAAGCGCAGCUGUGGCAAGCACAAAUGUAACGCCGAGUGCUGCAUCGAUAUCGAUCACGCCUGCCCAUUGCCCUGCAAUCGAACCUUAACCUGCGGGCGUCAUAAAUGCGAUCAGCCCUGCCAUCGGGGCAAUUGUCCGCCUUGCUACCGCAGCAGCUUCGAGGAAUUGUACUGUGAGUGCGGAGCUGAGGUUAUCUAUCCUCCCGUGCCCUGCGGCACCAAGAAACCCGUCUGCAAGCGUCCCUGUUCGCGUACCCAUGGCUGCGAGCACGCACCGCAGCACAAUUGUCAUGCCGCGGCCACCUGCCCGCCAUGCAUGAUGUUCACCACGAAAUGGUGUCAUGGCAAUCAUGAACAGCGCAAGACCAUACCGUGCUCCCAGGCUAGUUUUAGCUGUGGGCUCGCUUGUGGAAAGCCCCUGUCCUGCGGGCGACAUAAGUGCAUACGGCCCUGCCAUGAAGGCGACUGCCAGCAGGCGAGCGAGCUGUGCCGCCAGAGCUGCACCAAGCCGCGUCAGUUGUGUGGCCACAAAUGUGCCGCUGUGUGUCACGAGGGCCUCUGCCCAGAAACGCCUUGCAAGGAGCUGGUCGAAGUGCAGUGCGAGUGCGGCAAUCGCAAACAGAAUCGUAGCUGUCAGGAGCUGGCCCGCGAGCACAGUCGCAUUGCCACUGCUCAGCUGGCAUCUUCCAUGGCGGAGAUGUCGCGUGGCAACUACAUGGAACUGAGCGAAAUUCUAGCGCCCAACAAAAAUAACAAGUCCAAUAAAACCUUGGACUGCAAUGAUGAGUGUCGUCUGUUGGAGCGCAAUCGUCGUUUGGCUAUAGGCUUGCAGUCCCGCAAUCCGGAUGCACAGUUGAAGUCGCUGACUAAGUACUCGGAAUUCUUGCGAGGCUUCGCCAAACGCAAUCCGGCGCUAACGAAGAGCGUCUAUGAAACACUAAGCGAUCUGGUCAAACUGGCCAAGGAGAGCAAACAGAAGUCGAGAAGUCACUCGUUUCCCACCAUGAAUCGUGAAAAGCGUCAGCUGGUGCAUGAGCUGUGCGAAAUAUUUGGCGUGGAGUCUGUCUCCUACGACAAGGAGCCCAAUCGUAAUGUCGUUGCCACGGCACACAAGGAACGCUGCUGGCUGCCGGCGACGAGCAUUAUGGAGGUUCUGGCACGCGAAUCGGGGCAACGUCGCGUGCCUGUGCCUAGCAACAAUGCGUGGAGCCUUAAGAAGUAGCAUUCGCUUAUCGUUAACGACAUACAUCAACAACAACAACAACAACAACAGAAACACAUUUUGUAGUACAGUUUAUAGAGAGAGUAGAGAAAUAGCGAUCUCGGCUCUCUUUGUGAACGCAUCUUGUAAGCGAGCCUGAACAAAACUGAAUUUAACUUCUUAUAUGUUAGCUGAAAAGAAAUUGUUGGGAUAAAGCAUUACUGAGCAGGAAAUACCAAAAGAACAUUAUGGAAACAGAACAAUACUUAAGGAAAAUGGAUACUGUUAAUCGACAUUGAACUGUUGUACGAUGAAUUUAUGUUAAGCUGAAUCCUACGACUACGUUGCGUAUACAGAAUAAUAAACAAAAUACAACAAAAAAACAAAAA